AUGACAGAUUUGAUCAGGCCUAUUGAAAAUGAUCAAGCAGACUUAAGAUCCAAAGAGCUGAAUUUAAGAGGUCUAAACGGUGAUGCAUUUCACGAUACCAAACCAAGUGAGUCGAACUGGGAAGGCUGGAGUCACGAUUCAAAAUUCUCUACAAAAGGAAGGAAACCCCCAAGUCUGAACCUCAAAAUAUCUAACAGUAUGAAGAAGAAAGGAAUAACCUCCUAUCCAUCAGACCUAUCAGAACCAGAUUACCUUAAAAACGUAGCUACAUUCAAGUUAACUCCUAGUGGAUCCGAAGAGAGUUCAAAUACUGAUAGGCAGAGCAGCUUUGAUGAUUCAGAAAAUAAAGUACGAUAUCGCCCUAAGAAUGGAAGAAAUUGUGUCUGUAAAGGAAGAUACAAACCAGCGUCAACGGAUAGCAGCAUCUCGGAAGAAACUGAUGGGAGUCUAACAAAGUCACAAAAAGCCGAUAUUCUUUGUGAACAAUUAAGAUUGGAACUUAUGGAGAACUUUAACGAUCAAAUCAAGAAGACCGUGGAGCAUGCUGUGGAUAGAAUCUUGGAACGAGCAGAAAUUGGGCCCUCGGUUGUUGAACGGAAUUUGAUCAAGGCUAAGUAA